AUGGCGCACCUUGUUCAGACAGCUGUUCAGCUCAACCAAGAUGGAGUCAAUGAGUUUGUCCGUGGGAAUUUGACUCUGGCUCUCGAGACCUUUCGUCAUGCGCUUCAGACCAUGAUCCUCUUUGAGCCUCACGUGGACCACAACGAUAAUAACAACGGCAACCUCCCGGAUGCACCAUUGAAUGCUCAUGGGUUCGCCGCCAUGGGCAUCACCUACGUCCCCAUGCCACCACAGAACAACAAAGGGGAUCCCUUUGUCUACGGGAGACCCUUUAUCUUCAACCCCGCUCUGCUCCCGCACAAUCAAGAUGGUAUCGCCGUGUUUUCUGCGGGGGUAGUCUUCAAUAUGGCCGUUGUGUUUCACUGCAGGAGUCUCAAGGAUCCCAGUGGCCCUUUUCGUGCCAAGGCGUUGCACCUGUACGAGUCGUCGGUCGACCUCUUCUCCAAGAUAAACCCCCGCUAUGAUCUUUCCGGUACCAUUGCGGCGGCGUUGAACAACAAGGCCAGCAUCUACUACGCCGGCGGCGACUUUGAGAGGUGCGAUCAUGAGUUGGACCGACUUCAACGGGUCAUGGUACAGGCAGAGUACAGUCUGAGCACCGGAUACAUUCUGCGGGGAUCCGACUUUCAGGGUAUCUUGCUGAACUUGCUGACGAUGCGACCCCCCAGGGUGGCCGAAGCGGCCUAA